ACAAUAGUUAUGACCAGGUUCAGUUUUAUUUCCUGCGUAAAGUGUUGCUAAGAACGAGGCUGGACCGCACACAGGAAGAACCAAAUAUCCUAUAGUAAGGGAGACAAUAAUGCUGGAGAAACGCAGCGGGUGCAGCAGCAUCUCUGGAGCGAAGGAAAUAGGCAACGUUUCGGGCCGAAACCCUUCUUCCUAUAGUAAGCUCCGCUAUUGGAUCUUUGGAAAGAACAGCCAAAUGAUGCCUGGCAGAAAUGUCCUGAUCUUAUACAGAAAGAGAAUAAACUGAAGUUGGAGAAUUUGUUACAGCAUCUGGAAGAAGGUGUGUUCCUCAAACAGAUGUGGAAAUGGGACCCCAGCUGUAGCCCUUCCAGGUGAAACACCUGAGGAUGGAAGAAAAAAUAAAGAAACAAACUCCAAGGAUGACUUUAUCCCAGCACUGCAGUCCCAGGAAAUCUCCUGUGCCCAUCGGUCAGAGUUCAGCCUUGUGUCCCGUGUUACCUCAGCUUUCAUCGCCAAAACUAAAGUCAAAAUUGAAAAGGGCAGAUAAAGGUAAAGUAAAGACUCUACAACCUGCUGAGAACAUGCUGAAGCCUGCAGCAAUUCAACAUUCCUUCCUGACUGACGUUUCUGAUGUGAGGGAGAUGGAAAGUGGCCUUCUGCAUUUACUGAAUGAUUUCCACUCUGGCAAUCUUCAAGCAUUUGGAAAAGAGUGCUCCUUUGAACAGAUGGAGCAUGUCAGAGAGAUGCAGGAAAAAAUGGCCCAUUUGCACUUCAGCCUUGACAGCCAUGUGGAAGAGCUGUCUGAGGAUAAGAAAAAAAAUGCGUCAGACAGGAAUCUUGAACAGCUUCUGAUUAAUUUGGAAGAGCUUAGUACCUCAAUACAAAAACUACACUUGGCAGAAAAUCAAGAACUGCCAAAAGAUGAAGAGUUGAAAUCAUCUCCAUCGUAGAAAUAACCACGAAAGGCCGAAGGGAAGAUUGAUCAAGGAAGGCAGUGCCUGAAGAAAGUGAUAGGAUGCAUCUUUUUUUAUAAAGAAACCAUAUGAGGUGGGAGCAGAUGUUAAAAGUGCUAAGAUUCCACAACAUGCAUACUUUUAUUGUCAUUUUUCUUUCCUCCUGCUCUGCUUUGUAUUUUGUGUUUUCCUUUACUCACGUGACACUUGGCAAUACAAUUCAAUAUGUGACCACUGGACAUGCUGACCUAUACGUGAUUCUGCAACACAUCCCAGUCAAAGUAAUUCAGCUCAGAAAUGGGCCUUUUAGCCCACCAUGUCAAUGCUACCACUGUGCCUAUCUGCUAUUAUGCCUUGCUUAUUCAAGUGCCUUCCUAGAUAUCUCCUAAAUGCCAUGGAUUAUAUCUGCCUCCUGUGUAUUCAACACUCGGUGUGGAAAACUUUCCCACUCACAUCCCCUUUACUUUUCCACCCUCUCACCUUAAACCUAGAAGACAAAGAGAUUGCAAAUGCUGGAAUCUUGAUCAAAAACUAGAAUGCUGGAAGAACUCAGCAGAUCAAAGCAGCAUCAGUGAAGGCAAAACGUGCAGGAGGACAUUUUGGAUCAGGACAGAUGGGAAAGGGAAUAUAGCCAGUAUACAGCAGUACAGGAGGAUGCGAUAACACUGAGGCUAUGGGUUACCUGCAAUUGUAAAAUUCAAUAUUCAUAACAUUGGGUUAUAAGCUAUCCAAGCGGAAUGUUAUUCUUCCAAGUUGCGUUUGGCCUCUCCGUUGUAAUUAAGCCACGGAUAGAUAGGUCUGUAUGAGAGUGUGAAGGAGAGUUACUAUGAUGUUUUGAGAUUACUGUUGUGGACAGAAUAGAGGUGCUCCACUAAAUAGCUGACUAAACGGUUUUGUUUCUUCAAUGUAAAGGAGACCACAUCACCACCACUGAAUGCAGUGGACCAGGUUGGGAGAGGUGAAAAUACACCUUUGUCUUACUUGAAAGGCCCGAUUAGGUCUAGAAUAGUCAUGAGAGAGUGGAAGAGACAGGUGUUACACCUCCUAUAGUUGUAGUGAGAAGCGCCAGAGAAUGGGAGGAAAAGGUGGGGAGAGAUGAGAGGACCAGAGACUCAUGACAAGUAGACUAUUCAGGCACUAGUGAGUGCAACAAAGAAAGAUUUGAGGGGGAUGCCCCAGUUCAGAGCAAUAAUUGUUCCACGUUGCCAACAAAGACUUGCCACGUUGCCCAACCCUUUCAAAAAUCUCUCAAUGCACAACUGAAUGACAGAGCUUUUCACAAAUGUUGGUCAGCACCAAUUCACAAUUUGACAAUUACUGUUCUUGAAUUUUUAUUCCGGCUCCAGUGCCCUCCAUAAUGUUUGGGACAAAGACCCAUCAUUUAUUUAUUUGCCUCUGUACUCCACAAUUUGAGAUUUAUACUAGAAAAAAAAUCACAUGUGGUUAAAGUGCACAUUGCCAGAUUUUAUUAAAGGCCAUUUUUAUACAUUUUGGUUUCACCGUGUAGAAAUUACAGCUGUGUUUAUACAUAGUCCCCCCAUUUCAGGGCACCAUAGUGUUUGGGACACAUGGCUUCACAGGUGUUUGUAAUUGCUCAGGUGUGUGUAAAUGCCUCCUCAAUGCAGGUAUAAGAGAGCUCUCAGCACCUAGUCCUUCCUCCAGUCUUUCCAUUGGAAAAUGUUAUUGUUGUUUAUCAACAUGAGGACCAAAGUUCUGCCAAUGAAAGUCAAAGAAGCCAUUAUAAGCCUGAGAAACAAGAAUAAAACUGUUAGAGACAUCAGCCAAACUGGAACAUCAUUAAGAAGAUGAGCUUACUAAUCGCAAAGGGACUGGCAGACCAAGGAAGAUCUCCACAGCUGAUGAAAAAUAAUUCUCUAUUAUAAAGAAAAAUCGCCAAACACCUGUCUGGCAGAUCAGAAACAAACGCUUCAGGAGUCAGGUACAGAUUAGUCAUUGACCACUGUCCGCAGAAGACUUCAUGAGCAGAAAUACAGAGACUUCACUGCAAGAUGCAAACCACUGGUUAGCUGCAAAAUUAGGAUAGCCAGGUUACAGUUUGCCAAGAAGUAUUUAAAAGAGCAACAACAGUUCUGGAAAAAAUGUAUUGUGGAUAGAUGAGACGAAGAUUAACAUAUCAAAGUGAUGGCAAGUGCAUGGAGGAGAGAAGGAACUGCCCAAGAUCCAAAGAAUACCACCUCAUCUGUGAAACACAGUAGUGGGGGUGUUAUGGCUGGGCAUAAAUGGCUGCUGAAGGUACAGGCUCACAUAUCUUCAUUGAUGAUACAAUUGCUGAUGGUAUAGGCAAUAGGUGCAGGAGUAGGCCAUUUGGCUCUUCGAGCCAGCACCACCAUUCAAUGUGAUCAUGGCUGAUCAUCCCUAAUCAGUACCCCGUUCCUGCCUUCUCCCCAUGUCACCUGACUCCGCUAUUUUUAUUUUUUUUUAUUUUUAUUUGUAUUUUUAUUAGAAGCAGUCUACAGUAGUAUAAACCGUGGCAUAAGACAUAAUACAUUUCGUGUACAACUUUUUAAUUUAGCAAGAGAAAGGUAACACAAGAAAGAGAAAGCGAGAAAAGGAAAGAGUGAAGGAAGUGGUGAUGUGUAAACCCCUGGAGUAUAACUCCCGCCCAGUGUUAGCAAGCGAUAGCCUGUAGAAAGAUCUCACCACACACCCAUCAUCCAGUUCAGAAACGGUUCAUUCCCAGAGUUGUGUUGCACCAUACUAUACUUGUAAUGACUCCGCUAUCUUUAAGAGCCCUAUCUAGCUCUCUCCUGAAAGCAACCAGAGAACCUGCCUCCACCACCCUCUGAGGCAGAGAAUUCCACGCUUCACCAUUCUCUGUGAGAAAAAGUGUUUCCUCGUCUCCAUUCUAAAUGGCUUCCUCCUUAUUCCUAAACUUCGUGGUAAUAGCAUAAUGAAUUCUGAAGUGUAUGAACGCAUCCUAUCUGCUCAAGUUCAAACAAAUGCCUCAAAACUCAUUGGCCGGCGGUUCAUUCUACAGCAAGACAAUGAUCCCAAACAGAAGGUACACAAAAAUGCUGGAGAAACUCAGCGGGUGCAGCAGUAUCUAUGGAGCGAAGGAAAUAGGCAACGUUUCGACUGCUAAAGCAACAAAGGAGUUUUUCAAAGCUAAAAAAUGGUCAAUUCUUGAGUGGCCAAGUCAAUCACCCGAUCUAAACCCAAUUGAGCAUGCCUUUUAUGUGCUGAAGUGAAAACGGAAGGGGACUAGCCCCCAAAACAAGCAUAAGCUGAAGAUGGCUACAAUACAGGCCUGGCAGAGCAUCACCAGAGAAGACACCCAGCAACUGGUGAUGUCCAUGAAUCGCAGACUUUAAGCAGUCAUUGCAUAGAAAGGAUAUGCAACAAAACACUAAACAUGACUACUUUCAUUUACAUGACAUUGCUGUGUCCCAAACAUUAUGGUGCCCUGAAAUGGGGAGACUAUGUAUAAACACUGCUGUAAUAAGCAGGCUCGGUAUCUUGAUAAAUGCAAGGAAUCAUGGGAUUUGUCAAAGGUCAUUCAGAUUUAAACAAAAGCAAACACAGCGCUGUAUAAACUGUAUAAAUUAUUAACUAAUUCUACCAAGGAAUUAAUCUAGAAUUCUGUCAACUCAAUAGCUUCCUUUCUUGUUCAGCUGUUCACACACGACUUACACAGUCCCAGUUCUAGUUCAGUUCAUUAAUCUAUUCAGCAACUAUGAGAUGUUCAACAAGUUAAAUAAUUUAUUAUUUUCAUUUAAUCCUUAAUGUGUUUGCUACUGGAAUAAGAAAAUAUUACUUGUGUUUGAAACAUUUUCUUAUCUUUAUUCAUAAUUUGUGUCUGAGGCAGGCAGCGACUAUAUUCCGGACCCGGCUCCCAACUAUGUGCCCUGACAGACAGGAACCAACCCCAAAGGUUAAAGCAACAGCAUCUUUAUUUAAGCCAACCCACCUCGAAGGUUUAACCAGCCUGUUCAAAUCCAAUCUGAACUUUCCAACCUACCCUGCACACAGCACAUUCUGCUCGUUUCCUUCAAUCCAGGAACGUUGUUUAGAUAGGAGUGUAAGGACUGUCUCAAAUUGGUUGACCACACAACUUGUAAUUUGUGUAAAUCAAUAUCGAAUUUGAAUGGCAGUGACUCGGGCUAAUGCCAGAGAUUUGAUAAUUGUUCGUUCCAGGCUUUCUUGCGUAUUCAACGCUGGUGCUGUAUUGAGUCAAUAAUUUUAAUAGAUACAGUUGUGGAUUUGUGCAGCCUGCAGCACACUUUGACCGACUGCUGGAUACAUCUAUCUAUUCUAUUAUAUAUUAAAACUGCACUUGGUCUAGUUAUAUAUUAAAACUGUGUGGCUGCCGCCUGCCGUCCGGCGUCCGGCUGCCUUUCUGCCUUUUGAUUCGUUCCAUCGUGUGAUGUCACAAUGCCCAAUACACUCCUUCCUAUCAGCUUCCAACACACUUCAAAACAAAGUUGCAAGACAGGAACACUCUGAACUUUUCACCUCAAUGGGAUAUCACAGCAAGUGCUUCAACAGGAGGGGGAGGGCCAAUUGGUAUUGCAAUUGGAACUGCUGCAGCAGGCAGGGGAGGUGCAAUUGGAAUUUUUUUCCAAUCCACUGCUGAGGGAGGCAGGGGAGUGCUGGAAUCUUACAUUUGGGAACGGGUUCAGUUCCGUUGGAGGAGACGGGUACAUGGUGGAAUAUUGGGUUGGGGGAUCACACCAUUGGGGGAGCAGACCCAACGGGUCUGCACUUGGUCUAGUUUAUUUAUAAAUCUCAUUGAAAUGAAUACGCAGGUCCGCACAGACUCAGCUGGCGAGGAUGUUUAUCCCGAAUGACCCAUGACUUGGGUAUGCGGAGUUAUAAUACCGAACUCGCUUAUUUCUACACGGUGAAACCAAAAUGUAUAAAAAUGGCUUUUAUUAAAAUCUGACAAUGUGCACUUUAACAACAUGUGAUUUUUUUCUAUUAUAAAUCUCAAAUUGCGGAGUACAGAGGCAAAUAAAUAAAUGAUGGGUCUUUGUCCCAAACAUUAUGGAGGGCACUGUAUAAGGUUGCCCAACAGAGGAACCUUCAACUUUAGAAAGUAAUGUUAGCAAAUCAGGAAGUAUGCUGUAAAUGUGACAAUGUUAAUCUUCUCUGCAUCAGCACAAAACAUUUCAUCCAGAGUCAUUCCUGUGAAAGUGCUUAAAAUGUUUUCAAGCUUUUAUUAAAAUGAUUUAAGUAUCGGCAUUUUUUCUUUCCCUCAAUUCACUGCAAGUUUCAUAUUCUCACCCCUCAGGUUUACAAAGUUAAGGUUUUUCUACUAAAAUGUCUACAUAUAUUUCUGAAUAUUGAGAGAAGCAGCAGGUACACUACUCAAUUUAUUUUCUUUUUUGCAUUAAUCUAAUUCUGUAAAGUCUUUCUUAGGUAGAAUUGAUUUAAAAUGUUAGUUUUUUAUAUUAUAUUCUUAUACUGCAUUAAUACAAAAGAUUGAUGUUCUUACAAACAAACACAUAUCCUGUCCUCUGGCUCAUGAGUCAAAUAGUUUCUAUUUAUUUACAUACUCUUUUUCUGAGAAUUAUGGCAUAUUUGGAAUUUUCUCCAUAAAUGCAUCAAUUUAAAUUUUCUCCUAAAAGUCAACCAAUUGACCAACUACCCAUCCAUCACACUUGUGUAUUUACUCCUGUGAAACACUCAAUAAAAGAUCUGGAUAAAA